AUAGACUGUUAACUAUCUCAAUUAAAGUGUCGUGUUAAGACUUUUCGUGAAAAUAACACACACAAGUUACAAGCAGAGUUAUAAAGUUAUUAGUGUUCCUACUUCUCUAUUUCAGUGGACGUUUGAAAUGUUUAGUAAUUUACGGGUUCAUAGAAGUUUCUGGUUUCAUGAAGUUUGUUUUUUUUUUCUGUUUUCUGGGUGUAGGGCGUGUCGCAGCGACGCCCGCCCAGUGCGCGCCGUCGGCCGCGGGCCUCGCGACCGCAGUCGCUCCGGAUCCGUCUCGCGGUCACAACGUCCCGCGCUCGCGAUAUCGAACCACCUUUUUACGCACGCACCGCACUCCUGACGCGUAUCUGAGUGUGGGGUUCAUCAUGGAAGGGUUCCUGCACCAUAUGGCGCCGCAGUUCCUGCACCCCGCGCUGCAGAGCUUCGGUUGCGGCGCGUUCCGCCCGAUAGGGGGCGCCUUCCACCCCUUGUACCCAGGGAAGGCAUUCGCGAGGCAUCUGGGAGAGCAGUAUGCAUUAGGACAGAGUGUUGGACAAGCGUUAAGGAAUGUCCGCGACGACAACAGCACUCCGCCGCUGUACCGGCACGGGUACGGCGCGCGGGACGACACCAGCUCGCCCGGCUCCGCGGCCUCGGCGUCGCCACGACCCUGCAAAGACGACGAGGCACCGCCCGUCGCCACCUGCACUGACUCACACGACUUCUUUUCUCCGGACGGCGAGCGCAAGUCAUCGUGCGGAGUUUGCGGCGCGCGGCUGGGCCCAGGCGUGGCGCAGGCCCACUUCCUGCAGGAGCUCCAGCACCUGUACAGUCUGAGCGCGCUGCCACGGGACGCCGCCGCGCCGCCCUCGCACUCGCUGCACCACCAAGACGAAGAUGCGCGCUGGGAGACAUACCAACGCAUCCGAGCGAACCGUCAGCGGCGACUGAAGUUGCGGACGCGCAAACGUCACCACACCGUGGAGAGCAUGUUGGGCUACGAUCUGGACGAGGAGAGGCGCGAGGAGAGGCCGCGGGAGCCGCGUCCGUACGACGCCGAGGACGAGCCAGUAGACGUCGAGGGAGACUCCCUCGGAUGGCCAGAAGCUGCCAUUAAUGUUGACGAAAAAGAUCAACGAAGUGACGGUGAAAAACUGCACUUGAAUUACGCCGAAGACUUGGAGAUCUCCAGCACUAACGACGCCAUGCAGUCACCAGAACGCGUGAGGAUUGAGACGCCCAAAUCCCUGGAGUGCACUCCUAAGGCGGCGGAGGGUGCUGAGAGGCCAGCAGAGGUGACCACCACGGAGGCCUGGGCCGGGCCUGCGGGCCACGCGGCCCCCGACGCCUGGCCUACCCUCGCCGCCGAGGCCUACAUCCAGGCCACUCGCCACAAGAUGGAUGGAGAAAACCUGCCCUCCUCUACUGACUCCCGCAACUAAACCUAUCAAGCUUAGAGUUUUACAAACAUUGUUGUUCUAAAGAGAGAAGAGAAUUAGGAUUGAAUUAAUCGACUAAUUUCAUAUUUGUCAAAUUAUAAAUCUGUAGAACUUUUGUUUGCAAAAUCGAUUAAUUGUUUUCUUGAUGAAUUAAACCGGGCUUGAAACUUAAGUGUUUACAAGCUGCUGACGGGUAUCGAAAUAGGACUAUUUAGAAUAACAAUGUUUUUUAAAUUUAUGUCUCGACAUCUAGAUUCAUCAAUGACAUAAUCUCAUCUAAAUAUUUGAAAUUUAUGUCACGUCAUGAAGUAUUUUAUUAGUGCUUGUUAAUUAGGCAUUAACAACAAACAUAUGAAGAUUUUAGGGACUCCUUAAAGCGUUAUAAGAUAAUGUGGAAUCCUGUGAAGUUAUUCGUAAAAAUUCUAAGUGUGUAAAAACUAAAUCAGAUAAGUGAGUAAGCUCUUUUGGACAUCAUUAGAUAAUUACUUAACAUUAAUUAAAAUUACGUAGGUAAAUGUCACUAUGAAAUAAUAUUCUUUGCUUAUGAAGUCACAGCUAUAUCAUCUAGUUCUCAUGUUUCCUUGUGCUUAUCUCGUAGCAAUUUCUCUGAAAACUUACUUUAAAAAAGGUAGAUGUUACAUCAAAUAAUGCUCGCUCUCAAAAUACUCUUUGUUAAUUAAAUUAGUUAUUUAUUAGUUAACAUUAUCGUUUUUAUUAAAAUCAUAUGUUUAUAAAUGACUUGUAGUAUCGAUAAGGUCAUUGAAAUUUCGCGUUUAUUCUUUCCAACAAUUAGAAAAGUUACUAAAUAUAUCGUAAUAUAUAAGAAUAUCUAUGUAUUAGAUGACUUUAUUGUAAUAUUGUUAUUCUUCGUGUGUAAAUAGUAUAUGUGUCUAUAACGGGUGACCGUUACGUUAUCACUAGCGACUAUGCUCUACUUCUACAUUAAGUCUAGCACUAUUUAGCUAAGUAUAGACUGUAACCCGACCCUUCGUUGUUGUUAAUUAUGUGUACAUAAUAAAAUGUGUCAAACUA